AUGGAUGAAACAACAGAUAUAACUACUAAACAAAUUCUUUGUUUAUGUUUACGUUACGUGGAGGAAGAUACAGGGCAUAUCCGUGAAGAAGUUUUCAUGUUAAAACCAAUUGUAGAUCAAAGUGGACAAGAACAAACUGUUCCUAAAUCAAGUGAUACUCGCUGGUCUUAUGCUUACGAAAUCUUACAAUUUAUUUGUGAACAUUACGUAGCUGUUGUCAUAUCACUUUCGACAAUAUCACAAUAUAAAUCAAAUGGAUCAUCCGAUGGACGUCGAUUUGCAUUCGAUUUAUUGAAACCUGAGAUAGCUUUUCAAAUACAUAUUAUGCGUGAUGCAUUACGUCCAGCAUUAAAGUUUUUACGCCAAAUCGAAAAACGUGGAUCCUGUUUAGACGAUUUUUCAAUCAAUGUCGAUGCUGCUCGAAAUACCAUUAUGAAGUCAGUUGAAAGAUUCGACUUUAAUCAUCUACGAACAAUAUUAAAUGAUGUUCAUAAAUAUUUGCCAGUGAUACAACCAACAUCUCGAUCAACACGCUCUCAACUUCAAUCAUCAUCUACAGAUUUCGAUGAAUUAGAAUUCCGCAAUAUAGGUAAAGAAUUUAUUGAUCAUUUUCAACUAUCUUUUGAUAACAGGUUUAAUGGUGAAGCUAAAGAAUUAAUCGAAAACAUUGUUAUGUUAUCAUCGCCGUCAAAGUUUUCAGCUGAACAAUUACUUCAAAAUGAAUUGAUAAUUAAAUAUAGUUCUCCAAUAACUUAUAAGCAUGCUGCUGUGGAUCGACAAAUAUAUCAACGUACUGAUAUACCACUAUUAAAUUAUCAACAACUAGAAGAAGAAGUGUUUGCAUUUCUUACAAUUAUAGGUGAUCGCACAUCUAUUGCAGCAAUUCUUGAACGUCUUGCACUCCAUGGGAGUGAGCAAUGUUCGGAAUGGUAUAAAUUGUAUCAGAUUUUAGGAACAUUCGCUUUAGGAUCCAACGAAGCUGAACGAACAUUUAGUACGUUGAGACGGGUCAAGUCAUGGUUACGAAACUGCUUGAGUGAUUCAACAUUGCAAAUUUUAGUGAAGAUGUCAACUCUUAACAUCGAUUUAACUGACGAUGGUAUUAAGUUUAUUAUUGAAGAUUUUAUCAAUAAUCCAAAAAGAGCUAAUAGUCGGAAUAUUAAUGUAUUUAUGGAAAGAAAUAACGAAAAUGAAUUCAAUGAUGAUAUUUAA